AUGGAGAUCGCCAGGUACAGCAGUUCGUCUUCGGUUCUGCAACUAUUGCACAGGUGUGGAAAGGUACAGCCCUCGAGUGGGGGAAGCGAAAUAAGCUCUGUUUUCCCGUGGACAAAAACCGAAGCACUAUUAGUCAGUGACCCUCACGUACGUUCUCCGCUCGCCGAUCCGGAUAACGGUGCCCGAGUCAGGAUCGCACCGCAGGUGAAAUAUUACCUCGCGGUAAUUCUCGAUCGAAAACUGAACUUUGCGGCGCAUGUUAAUUACGUUGCCGGUAAAUCCGAAAAUCUGGCUAAGACUGCGGAGAUCGGCCGCGAAACGAUGGGACCUUCGUGCACCCGCAUUGAGACUCCUAUACGCAGGAGCGGCGGUGCCCGCAGCAAUAUACGCUGCAAUCGUGUGGGCUCACCGGAUACACCAAAUGUCAUCCUCGCUGCUACAUUAAACAGCGACCGACCCUUUUUUCAACAAUUGGCGCGUACCGAACGGCGCCCACAUUAG